CGCUCCAUGUCGACGCGGUGGCUGGCUGGCAGCGGCAGGAGGGCGGCUGUUCGUCGGCGAUUACUUAUCGCUGUGGACGAUUGCUAGUGGCACGGCAGGAGGAACUUUCCUGAGGUUUCGCGCGCUUUCCACGAUCGCCGGUCGCCCGAUGGGGCGGUUUUGUUGUUAGUUUUGCUCGAAGUAAAGCAAAUGGAUUGGAAUAAGACACUGUCAAUCGAUGAGUUUUUCGUCUUCAACGGCACAUUGUCGAGCAACAUCACCAGCUCGAGCUCCUCCUUGGAGGUCGUCCGACCGACGGGGGCUGCUUGGCCUUCGUGGUACGAGGCCGGCAGGAUCCAGAUCCCUUUUUACGCUGUUAUUUUCGUACUGGCGGUUACCGGAAACUUGCUGGUCAUAUUCACGUUGGUAAAAAAUCAACGCAUGAGGACGAUAACGAAUUUGUUCCUGCUAAAUUUGGCGAUCUCCGAUCUCCUGCUCGGCGUCCUGUGCAUGCCGUUCACGCUCAUCGGCGCUCUCCUGCGAGACUUCGUCUUCGGCCCGGUGAUGUGCAAAUUACUGCCCUUUUUGCAAGCUUGUUCCGUCUCAGUGGGAGUAUGGACUUUGGUUGCCAUUUCAGUGGAGAGAUACUAUGCCAUUUGCCAUCCAUUGCGAUCGCUACGAUGGCAGACCCUCAGCCAUGCCUAUAAGUUAAUAUUAGCCAUUUGGAUCGGCAGUAUAAUUUGCAUGGCUCCCAUAGCAGCCCUUAGCCAAUUGCAACCGACCAGGCAAGGAAAUCAAAAAUGCCGAGAAAACUGGUCAUCUGUAGACUGCGAGAAGGCCUACAACCUAUUUUUAGACGCCGUGUUGCUAGUUAUCCCUUUACUAGUAAUGGCUGUAACUUACUCUCUAAUAACGAUGACUUUAUGCAAAGGAAUGAAAACCGAAAAAACCACGCGAACUAAUCAAGUUCAAAACAACGGCGUGAACGUCUACGUGAACUUGAAGGGCGUAACGUCCACCCGCUCGUCCUGCCGCAGCUCCUUCUGUCCCCACGCCGGCAGGCAGCGCUUGCAGCCCGACUGGUCGCAGGACUCCGGCAGCCCCGUCGCCGGCUCGAAGCGCCCGGCCGCCGGCCUGCGCAGGACCAACGCGGAGCGCAGCCUCUCCAACAAGAAGCGCAUCGUCAAGAUGCUGUUCGCCGUCGUGCUGGAGUUCUUCAUCUGCUGGACGCCGCUCUACGUCGUCAACACCGUCGCCCUCUUCGACGCCUCGCUGGUCUACGACAGCAUCGGCGUGACGGGCGUCAGCUUCUUCCAGCUGCUGGCCUACACGUCGAGCUGCUGCAAUCCGAUCACGUACUGCUUCAUGAACUUGGGCUUCAGGAAGGCGUUCGUGAGCCUGUUCAGCUGCUCGAGGCGGUCGAAGGGCGCCGGGUUGAACGGCAGCGAGAUUAACAUGGAGACCAAGUGGACUAAUAGGCUGAGCGAGCCGGCUUGAUGACCACUGUGAUUUGAACGGUUUCGAUAGAGUCU